AUGACGAAGUCAAAAUACCCCGCCUACCCGCCAGAUGUCACCGAAGAAGAGGCUCAAUUCUUGCUGACCAAUCUCAACGACUGGUCGAUAGCCCACGGUCUGGCUGUGAGACCACCGCCGUCUUUCGUCUCGGCGGCGCAAGAUCCCUCCGGAGUGCUUGCGUCGACUGCACCAGUGACGCUGUUUCCCAGCUUGUUCCCUCGCCAAUGCUUCGACGAGGGGUUUGCCAUACAGAAAGCGUACAAUGAACUUUAUUCGGCCAUUGCAAGAGACGAGGAAUGGUUGAAGUCUAUCGUGGAAGAGCUUGUGGAGAUUGAUGACUUUGUCGCCAAGCUUUGGCAGGUCCACCUUGAUGUGAAGAAGGAAGGAUACGUCCAGGAUCUCACCCUCGGCCUCUUCCGCUCUGACUACAUGGUCCACUUGGAUCCUUCGGGCGGCAACGCAAAGCCACAGAUCAAGCAGGUCGAAUUCAACACCAUUGCCUCCUCGUUUGGUGGCCUUUCCAGUCAAGUCUCAGCUCUGCAUAGAUACCUCAAUUCGAUUGAUGCCUAUCCCGCCGAGGUCGGCUCGCUCAUCAAGCAUGACUCCCUGCCUCAAAGUCAGUCUGUGCCGUCCUUGGCUGCAGGCCUGGCGGCAGCGCACAAGGCUUACGGAAGCUCGAAGUCACAGAACCCGCUAUGCGUUCUUUUCGUGGUCCAAGAUCCUGAGAGGAACGUCUUUGACCAGAGACACCUUGAGUACUCUCUUUUUGUGGAAAAUGGCGUGCGGACUUUCCGUGCGCCUUUCAGCAAUGUCCUCUCCUGCACUGAACUGGACUCUGCGCGUAACCUGAUAUACCACCCGCCCCAUGCGCCGGGCAAGGCUUUCGAAGUCACCACCAUUUACUACCGCACUGGCUACUCGCCAGAUGAUUUUCCCACGGACAAGGAAUGGGCCGUACGUUUGCACCUGGAACGCAGCCGAGCCAUCAAGUGUCCCAGCAUUCUGCUUCAGCUCGCUGGCUGCAAGAAGGUUCAACAGGUCCUUGCCACGCCCCAUUCGCCUCACCUGGCUCGGUUCUUGCCCAAUGAGAGCACGGCGACACGCGUGCUGCAGACAUUUGCCCCGAUAUAUCCUAUGGACAAGAGCGAAGCGGGGCAGGAGGCCCGACGACUUGCCACGGAUCCGCAGACGGCUCAGCGUUACGUGUUGAAGCCCCAGCGCGAGGGUGGCGGCAACAACAUCUAUCGGGGCGCGAUACCCCCGUUCCUGUCGAAGCUACCGGAAUCGCACUGGCCUGCGUACAUCCUGAUGGAGAUGAUCGAGCCGCCAGCGCAGAGCAAUGUCAUCAUCCGCAACGGGGAAGUGCAGAAGGGCGGGGUAAUCUGUGAGCUGGGGAUAUAUGGCGUGUGUCUGUGGAAAGAUGGGGGUGGCUCUGGGUCUUCGGGCGAGAUCUUGGAAAAUCGGGAGGCUGGAUAUCUCCUCAGAACCAAAGGAGACCAGAGUGAAGAAGGCGGGGUUGCAGCGGGAUUUGGGGCCGUCGACAGCUGUUGUCUGGUAGAGGUGUAA